AUGGCCGACACAGAACUUGUCGGGCGUCAGUCAUUCCAACAGACAUUCUCACGCACUUUUGCCCCGUUGAUCGUCACCAGCGCCGUGUCCGUCGUGCUGGUGCUACUGCGAAACCACGCCUUCCACGGCGACGCUGUACAGCACGCGUCUGCGCGUCGAGCGACGCCCGACAGCAUGCUGCGCAACCGCGAGGCACGCCGCAUCGCCGACGACGACGACAGCCAGAGCGAGGACUCCAUCACGCUCAGCUCCGUGGAAGACUUCUUCGCCUCCGUGCUGGACGACAUCCUCGUCGGCUUCGGCAGCGCCCAGCUGGCCAUCGCAGACGACGUCCAGCUUUCUCUCGACGCCCGUGCAACUGUCGAGGCCCUCCAUAUCGGGAAACCAGUCUACAUCUUCGCCGUAUUGGUUGUCAACAUCCUCCUUCUGCUCGUCUUGUUGCAGCAGUCUCUCCACACGGGGAGACGUCUCGCCCUCGAUCUCGACACUGGCCGUGAGGGACUCGAGGGGGGAGAUUCUUGGGAGAGACUCAGGGUGCAGCUGGCUGUGAAUAAGGGGCUGUUGCAUGCACAGGAGGGGGGGUACACACCUGCUCUGAUUCCUAGAUAG